AGGAGGGAGGAUUGGGAACCCGUAGUCCCAGUAAAGCCGGCUGAGCGGAAUCUUGCUGGGCUCUGGGCACAUCGCUUCCGGGUCACAAGGAAGCACUUCCGGUGCGGCGGCACGGCGGUACAGGAGAAUUUGGUUCUGGAGGACGCUAACUCUCAAGAGAAGCCUGGCCGUGGUGACUUGAGCCAUGGCCUCCGACCUGGACUUCUCACCUCCUGAGGUGCCCGAGCCCACCUUCCUGGAGAACGUGCUGCGGUACGGGCUCUUCCUGGGAGCCAUCUUCCAGCUCAUCUGUGUGCUGGCCAUCAUUGUGCCCAUUCCCAAGCCCCAUGAGUCGGAGGCAGAACAGUCUGAGCCUAGGAGUUCAGAGGUGCUGAAGAAGCCCAAGGCUGCCGCUCCGUCCACCAACAAGAGGCCGAAGAAGGAGACGAAGAAGAAGCGGUAGAAGUGGAGGCCCGAGGAGCCCGUGG